CGCGCCACCCUGCCCGUGAGCAAUCUCCCAACUCAUCUUUGUUAAUAUUAAAUAUUUAUAUGCUGUAUCCAGAUUAUUAUACACUUCAUAGUCAUUCAUGUUUAAUCUGCUGUAAUACAAUUUGUUAUACUUUGUAAAAGUUAAUAACCAAAAUGAGUCAAAAUUUAGAAGAUGCUUUAAACGCAGCCCGUAGGGCUGUUCAAUUUGACAGUAAUCGACAAUAUAAGCAGGCACUAUAUUACUAUGAGAUCGCUGCUAAAUUUCUUAGUAAAAUGCCAGUGGAGUCUCCUUUUGCAUUAAAAGCAGACGAAUACAAGAACAGAAUAGAAGCACUGCAACAUUUGCUUACUGAAGAAGAAGCAAAAAAGUCAAAUGAUGAUCCCCAGAAUCAAAGUGAACUACAGAAAUGUAAAUUUCUUUUUAAUCAAGCAUUAGAUGCCGAUGAGGCAGGCCUUAAAGACAUUGCAGUGAAAUUGUACACCAAUGUUGCAGAAAUUGGACUCGGUGCUCAAAUAAUUGAUACCGAAAUGAAAACCAAAGUAACUCAUCUCGUGCGACUGGCGCUGGACAGGGCAGAGUCUCUCAAAGGCAUUGAUACACCAAAAUGUGUUCGAACGAACGAACCAUUACCAAAUUUGCCAUCGGUUCCAGAGACAGCCUUGCCAAGCCCUACGCUAUCCGUGAAAGCUACACCACCUAGCCCAGGCAGGCCAAAUAAACCUCAGUUACAUCGUGGCAGUAGCGCUCAUCUUAAAGUCGUGGGAGGUAACAGUGGUUACACGGAAGAGGAAAAAAGGGUUCUACUGCACAGUUCUCACAUAAAUGAUAAUGAAUUUGUGCCUUUUAUGAGUGUCGAUCUUGCUGAAAAAUUUCAAUAUGCUAUUCCAUUUACGGAUCGAGAUGGGUUACUGGAACUAGCUCCCAAGCAAAAGCCUUUUUUUGCUCACUGGUGUCGCCCGGAGGAGUUGUUUUCUGAACCGAAAAUGGUCGUAGGUUCUCAUGUGGAUUACCAUAGUAUAAAACAAACUGUGGUCUCUGAUUGUUCUUUUGUUGCAUCCUUGGCAGUAAGUGCUCAGUACGAAAAAAAAUUUGGGCGCCGAUUAGUUACUUCAAUUAUUUAUCCUAAAAAUAGAAAUAAGGAACCAGUAUACAAUCCAUUUGGUAAAUAUAUGGUGAAACUACACGUCAAUGGUGUACCUCGUAAAGUAAUUAUAGAUGAUCUUCUACCCGUUAGUCGGCAGAACCAACUGCUCUGUUCUUAUUCUAACAAUCGUGGCGAGCUAUGGAUUUCGUUGCUCGAAAAAGCUUAUAUGAAAGUGAUGGGAGGUUAUGAUUUUCCUGGUUCGAAUAGUAACAUAGACUUACAUGCUUUAACCGGGUGGAUUCCAGAGAGAUGGGCAAUUCGACCGAACGAUGCUGAUUUUAACAAAGACAGCUUGUUUGAAACUCUUUUAUUAAGAUUGCACAAAGGAGAUGUAUUGGUUACCGUGGCUACGGAAGAACUAUCCGACGCAGAAGCCGAUAGGACCGGUCUUGUUCCAACCCAUGCCUAUGCUGUGCUGGAUGUUAGAAAAAUAGAUGGUGAACGUUUGCUUCAAUUAAAAAAUCCUUGGUCCCAUUUGAGAUGGAGAGGGAAUUACUCGGAACUCGAUACGGAACAUUGGACCCCCGAACUGAAGCAGUCACUUAAUUACGAUCCAGAUUCGGCUUCACAAUUUGAUAACGGUAUUUUCUGGAUAGACUAUGAGAGCAUAUGCCGUUUCUUCGACGUAUUCUACCUAAAUUGGAAUCCAGGACUUUUCAAUUACACCUAUUGCAUCCAUCAAAUGUGGAAGGCUGGAAUGGGACCUGCAAAAGAUGCAUUUAAUAUAGGUGACAAUCCGCAGUUCUCCUUGGAGGUGCAGCCAGACGUUUCGGGAGCGAUCUGGAUCCUGCUAACCAGACACAUUACAGACAUUGCGGACUUCCGACAAAAUCAAGAAUAUAUAACGGUACUGGUAUACCGAAACGACGGUAAAAGGGUUUAUUACCCGCAUGAUCCACCGCCGUACAUCGAUGGCGUCCGGAUUAAUAGUCCGCACUAUCUCUGUAAAAUUAAAUUGGGUCCUAGCAAUGAGUCUCGUUAUACUCUAGUCAUAUCGCAGUAUGAAAAAACGACAACUAUUUACUACACCCUUCGUGCUUAUGGAACUUGUCCAUUUACUCUUCGUAAGAUGGCGGAACCUUACAAAUAUGAAAAAGAGAUGACUGAUGGUCAGUGGAAAGGAAUUUCAGCUGGUGGUUGUGGCAAUCACCCUCAAACAUACCCUAACAAUCCGCGAUAUCGGUUAAUAUUAGAGAGUUGUCAUAAUAAUAAUUAUCUAUUGAUUAUACUGAAAGGUCCUAAGCAAUAUCAAAUAGGCUUUGAAAUUGUUACAAUGACCUUAAAUGACAGUGAUGCACCCACAGCAUUUAAAAAUAAAACAUCAGGCCCUUUUCGGUCGGGAUUUGUAUAUCUGGAGUUAGAGGAUGUACCUGCAGGGACAUAUGACAUUAUUCCUUCAACAUUUUUACCAGGACAAGAAGGCCCAUUUUUUUUGACGAGUAAGUCAUCAUGCAAUCUUCAACUUCAACGUAUUCAGUAAAUGUUCAAUUUAUUGGUUUAUAUUUUUAUCACUCUGGAAUCUUUUAAUCGAGUACAUGCAAUAUGUUGUAAACAAUUUUUCACAUAACACAACGCAAAAUACGAAUGAUAAAAUAUAGUUUAGUAAAAAAAAAGGACUACAAAAUUAAUAAGUAGUUGCUGUGUAAAUGUGUUACAUUCAUAGAGUUCAUAAAUUUAUUCAAUAUUUUAGAUAUGAAGUUAUUGAUAAAAAAGUGAUUAUGAAAUAUACAAUUUGCGAUUUUGAUCCUUUCUAUAUGCAAUUUUAGACAUUUAAAGUUGUCACUAUAACGUCAACAUGUAAAUAUUUUAAUUACAAGUGCUUUUUGUAAUAACUUUCACAGUAAGAUAAAUGCAAUAGUUAAGGAAUGUGUACAAAAUGAUGUAACUUUAAAUGAGCAUUUGACAAUGUACCAUAGUAUGUAAUGCUCGGUAUAGUACUAGCCUUAUUCUUGUUAAAAUUGCUAUUUAAUAUUUAUAAAAUGUGAACAGUGAUAAAUUAGUUUUUAAGGUCCUCUGACUGCCUUUUUACAACAAUAAUCGUUUGAGGAAAUAAUAUUAUAUAAGUAUAUAAUUUCAUGUUCACGUUAACACAUCAAAUGUCAUUUUUGUCCCUUGCGACCUAUAAGUCUAUGAUUACAGAUUGUUUGUUUUCUAUUUCGUAGUUAAUAACGACAUUAAUUUUAGUUUCAUUUGAUAGUGUUAAUGGUCAACAAAGUAUCAUGCACAAAGGCAGCAACUCUACACAUAUCUUUGAAUUAUUAAAUUGUAAAUAUGCCACUGAACUCAAAUCCUACAAAAUUGAAAAUUUUAUAUAACGUUUUAUUCAAUAAUAAUAAUAAAAGAAAAUAAUUGUUACUACAUCUAAAUACAUACAUACAUCGAGGGCACUAUAAGAGAUAUCUGCCAGAUAUCUGCUACUCAAACCACCAGAUAAUUUUAUCCAGCGGAUAACUUUUAACUGGAAGAGAAAAUAACCAAACUGAAAGAUAUCGCCUAGAUAUCUCCUGGACAACUUUGUUGGGUUUUUAUACGUAGGUGAAAAAAUCGGGCAUUAGUGAUUUAAAACAAAUAUAUGGAUAUUAAAAAACACAGAAGUGUUGAAACUGAUUUGCUGUGUUUGCGAAUGCCGCCACUGUGGCGGCAUCAACCUCAAAGGGUUAAAGCCGCCAUUUUACUUACUAAAAAUCCGGGAGUGGGUAAUCCAAUACUCUUUGGCUAAUGGUUGCUGUCUUAGGCCCAGGCAGGGUUAGGUGCUACAUUGAAAGAAGAUGCAUGGAAAAGGGGGACGAAAUAUACUUGAAUUUCAUUUAAGAUUCUCAUUAAAUCCUCUUUCUCGUGGAAAUGCAUUUAUAGUGAGUAAUGCAAAGAUAUGUGGAGUAGAUUAUAAUUAUUUAGAAUAGGUGUUAAUCGAGUUAGCAGGAUACCAGUAUGUUCAUCUAAUGAAAUGUUGGUCUGUUGUGAUUCGAAGAUUAAUAGUCACAAUUGCCCUGUGUUAGUGUCGUCGAUCUAAUGCAGCUUCCAAAAUGACAACAAAUUUUAUUUUUUAUUUUAUUUCAUAUAAAACAGGACAUGGGUAUUGUGAUAGCAUUAUUACCAUUGUGUUCAUCUAUCUAUUGUACUAUCUACUCUACAAAUCCUUAGGUAUUGGUCCUGAUAAUUUAAAUUAAGCUGCAUGAGUGACGUCUACUUAUUCUCAUCAAGGAUAUUUAACGAUGAUUGUAGAUUUUUUAAUGCAGCCAUUCAUAAUAUAUAUAUAUAUAUAUGUUUUGCAUAAAAAUUUGUUUUAAAUUGUUAUAUAUUUUUAAGAUCCCUGAUCCUGUUCCCCGAAUUAUCCGAAAUAUAAAGGAUCUAGUGCCUAAAUCUAAAAUAUCGAUUCGGUGGCAAAACAGUUUUAUCAGUGUAUUACAUUAUAAUAAAAUUAACCUAACUUUACUUUCCACUGGGAGUGGCUCUAAAUGUUGAGUGUUGUAAGUAUAGAAUGAUACACAAAAUGAUUAUUCAUUGAGUUGACACACAAUUGGUUUUAAAUGGUCAAAAAUACAUUUUUUUUUGUUUGUAAAUUGAUUAAUUUUAAUACGAUUGUAUUCAAAACACUAGUCUAAUAUGGUUUGUUGUCACAUCAAUUAUUCCAUCUACCCGUAAAUAUUAAAAAAAAAAAAAAAAAGAAAAAGUGCUCAAAAACAAGACUACUGUCCUUCCAGGAUUCUUAGUAAAUUUAUGGUAACAACAAAAUACCAAGACUUCUGCAAGCUACAUCAUUCAAAUUCGUAUGAUGAUGUUUGCACAGCCUAUACAUUUUAGAUUUUUUAAUGGAAUAUUUAAAUGUUAAGUGAUUGCACUUACUAUAAAACUGUAACAUUAGUGGCAUUAUUUAUUAUGAAUUUCCUUCUA